CUGCAUUUUACCCUCGAGCUUUUACCCUCUGUAUGCAUUUUACCUUCGGUCUGCAGUCUGCAACCAGUUCCAGUUUGUUUCGCAAAAUGGUGCGCGGUCACUCAGCAUAAAGUGGUUACCAAUCUCCAAGACACCUCACACUUCAAGAUGGCGACCUUCGAGCAGUUUACCAUGUGGGCCAUGUGGUGAUUUCGGUCUCGUCUCGCGUGCUGGAAGUCUGCGGAAAGUCGGAGAAAGCUCUACAGAAAAAUAAAGUUCAGGGGACCUUCUGUUUGACACACAAGAUCUGCCAAGUAACGGUGCAUACAAUGUAUGGAAUGAGGGCUCUGUCCAUGUUUGUAAGCCUGCAUCCCCUGCAGCAUGGUCGUUUUCUGACUCAAGUGUUCCCUUCACUGGUAUUUAAAGGACUUAGAAACUUCUCCCAAACUUCGUGGUCAUCACCCAAGAUUCUACAACAAAGUGAACCAAGAAAAUUUGGCAGCUACUUUAUAAGACCAUUGGCUGGCUACUUUUCUUCUCAACCACGCCCAUCUGAAAAUGAUGUUAAAAUCAACAAGGAAAUAUUGUCUCUUAAAACAGUCAAAGAACAAUUUGAGUUGUUUGACAGUAUCAAGAGUUCAGUAAACAUUGUGAACAGAGCAACCAUGCUUUACAGCAUUGCCAAGAUCACCGGAAGAAACAGAAACCAGAGACUACUUUUGGAACAAGAAAAAGGCAAGUCAAGACAAGCGUUAAACAGUGCAUACCUGGAAUUACUGGACAGUAUCUCCAAAGACAUUGCCAAAUGUAAUCCCAGGGUUCUUGCCAAUGUGAUGUGGGCUUUAGGAAAACUUGAAGAGAAAAAUCACGAGCUAGUUCAAGUUUGUGAGAAAGCUAUUCUGUCUCGUGGUAUCACAUCCUUUAACAAUUUACAGAUUAUCCAGAUUGUGAAUGGAUGCGUAAAUCUGGACUUUACAACCUCAGAAAUAUCUUCCACAUUACAAGAAUCCAUUCAUAACGGUCAGUUGAAACUUUCUAACUUUGACAAUCACUCACUUUCUGUAAUGUUGAUGUUGUUUGCCAAGUCAGAUGGCUGUGCUGUUGAACUGUUUGACAUUUCACUGGAAGAAAUACUGUCAAGAGACUUCUUGUUGAUGGAAAGUGGUGAUCUUGCUCUCUUUGUGUGGUCCUUUGCAAAGAAGGAGUUGAAAGCAGACACUUUGUUUGACAGAGUGGAAGAAGAGAUUCUCAGACGAGGAACAGCUAACUUAGAAAGACGUGGUCUUGUCCAGAUACUUUGGGCAUUCAGCAAGGCUAAAAAAGGAGGCAAGCAGCUUUUCGAUAUCAUGGACAAUGAACUUGCCAUAAGAGGUGUAGAGGGCUUUGACAAUUCUCAGUUGUUACAAAUUGUUUGGUCCUUCGCAACGAGAGAUGUGACAAAUGCCAAAGUAUUUGAUCUUAUUAAGAAGAAGGUUUGUGACCGCGGUGUCGGCAUGUUUCAGAUGCAUGAGCUUGUUCUUAUCCUUUACUCGUUUGUUUUUGCUCGAAGACAGGACAACAAGUUAGUUGAGCAAAUUGAAAGUUUCUUGCUCACAAGAGGUGUGGAACAAUUUGACAAUGGCCAUUUAUGUCAAGUGGCUUGGUCUCUUGGAAGAGCAAGAAAGUCGGACAGUAAAAUGUUUGAUGUGAUUGAAGAAUGUGUAUUUCAGCGUGGUUUGCACCAGUUUUCAAAGUCACAAAAGGUUAUGCUUCUGCGAGGAUACGUGGAAGCAAAAAGGGGAAGUAGGAAGUUGUACGAAGGUCUGCAGGUUUCCUUCUUAAAAAGUAGUCUUUCGAAUUUAACAGCAACAGAGAUCUAUUUACUUGCUUGCUAUUUUUCUGAGGCUGAGAAUAAUACCGGACCACUGAUCAAUACUAAACAAUUGUUCGAUACAUUGGAAAGGGAGAUAUUAACCAAAGGAAAAUUUUUUUUCAAAGAUCAACAGCUUAAUACCAUCAAGAAGCGCUUUCAGAAAGUUGGAAAGGGAACUAAGGAACUAUUUGAACUGUAAGUGUCGCGGACAGUUAGUGUUGUAAAUUCAAGUAUAUUUUUUAUUAGUAGUAUUUUUUGGCUUAGUCGCUGGCAAUAACCAUAAGAACCAUUACGAAUGUUCAUGUAAUGAAAUGAAAGAUACUCUGGUGAUCGCAGUUGUAUUCUGGAUCGUUUCCUGUCGAAAACGUCGCCAUAUUUCUAAGCUGUUAUUGUUAUUAAUUAAGUGCAAGUCCGCCUAAGAGCGGUCCGGUCAAAACUUCGUGUCAGAAAAAAGGUUUGCCUUUUUAUUUUGCGGAACGAAAGGACUUGGUGAGUAUAUAAUAAAACCGGGUUGUUGUUUGUUAAAUUACUUGCUUCUCGUUUUUGCCACACGCCAAAAUGACUUCAGCCAUCCGAGGGGAGAUUUAAGGGCGAUUCUGUCAGGAGUCGAACUACGAAGGUAGCAAGACAGCUGAGCCUGUGGCUUCGAAUCUACAAGUAGCUUUUAUGUUGAUUACCAAUUCUAAUUAAUUUUCACACGCGACUAACCGAUUUCGGCUGAAACACAUUAACAGCCUGUAAAAUAAUAAAGUACAUUCUUAUAAGUAUUUAAGAAAUA